UGAUGCAAAGAAAGAAAGCAAAGAAAAGAGCAGACAUGAAAAAUGUACCGGCGUCCUUUUCCUCCUCGCCGGCCCGGAACACGGCCGCCACUCGUGCUCCUCCGCUGCACGCAGAUCCGGCGCCAUCGCCGCACCCUGGCCCCCUCCCACCCUACUCCUCCCCACCUCCGCUAUCGCCGCCACCUGUCUCCGACGUGUACUCCCCCCGCCUGUCUCCAAUCGUACCUGGACACGGCCUGGGUCGGCCGGUCCACCCCACCGCCCCUGGACACGGCCGCGACUCGUGCUCGUCCGGUGUAGAUUGAUCCGCCGCCGUCGCCCGGGCGUGAUCGAGUCGGCUGCCUCGUCGGCGAAAUCCACCGCACGCUGCUGUAGGGCGGGAUCUACGGAAACCCGAGGAACAAGAAUAGCAAUCUGCGGCUGCUCUACGAGUGCGCACCCUUGAGCUUCAUCGUCGAGCAGGCCGGCGGCAAGGGGUCCGACGGCCACCAGAGGAUUCUUGACAUCACGCCGACAGAGAUACACAUACACCAGUGGGUGCCCCUGUACAUUGGGAGCGUGGAUUGGUUCUUGCUGUAGUUUGAUAUCGUGAGUCGUUGCAGAGUUUCUUGGGACUUCAAGGACACUCCGAAGUUGGCCCCCUUUUGUUCAGUUUCUUGCUGUCGCCUCAAGUGAUUGGGGUCAAACUAUGUGGCUCUGAUCCAAUUCGCAUAUAUUUCCAUGCAUUCGUGGUAGAAAUGUGAUGCUCAAAUCGUAGUUUGACCAUGCUCACAAUCUGUUCGAAGAAAUGCCCUGUUGCAUUGUGGGCGUGGCUGGUGCCAUGUUGGUGCUUGUCACUGCCGUCCAUGUGCUCAUGGUGCCGAUCCUUCCUUCCUCGUUGGAUUACUUCAGUGCUCAUGGCGGCAUUGGCUGGCCAAGGAAUGUGCUCGGGGCAUUGGGGUGGUGGACUCACGUCUCAAAGUGCAGUUCCCUUCUGAUUCAUAUGGCGCUGUGGCGUUCCGAGGUGCACCAUGGAGGUGGCUUGCUGGGUGCCAUGCUAACUCUUCGUCUGUCAAUGUUACUGAGCAGGCUAUAGGUGCAAAGAAGUGCGAGAAAGACUGCAAUGGCCGCAGUAUGUGUAACUAUGAGCUGGGAGAAUGCAGAUGCUUUCAUGGAUAUUCUGUGUGACAUUGGAUAUGUUGGGAUUGAUUGCAGCAUUCCAUCAGCGUAUUCACUUGCAUAUGACUGGCCCUCGUGGCUCCAACCACCAAUGAAUUUACUGGACCUGAAAAAUUCAAGCAAUACCCCCAUCAAUGUUAAGGUUGUUGUUCAGAAAAAAAGACCACUUAUAUAUGUAUACGAUUUGCCAGCUGAAUUUAAUAGUCAUCUUCUUGAAGGACGACAUUCCAAGUUCCAGUGUGUGAACAGAAUAUAUGAUGACAAGAACAGAACUAUUUGGACCAAGCAAUUGUAUGGUGCUCAGAUGGCACUCUAUGAGAGCAUUCUUGCUUAUUAUUUCUAUGUGCCAGUGCUUGACUCAUGUCUAAUAACUAGAUCUGAUGAUGCUCAACAUCUGCUAGUGCCGAGGAACCUGCGCCUCAGAAGCUACCAUACUCUGCAGUACUACAGAAUGUCAUAUGAUCACAUAGCUCAGCUUAAAAAUAUUCCACGACGGCCAUCCCUUUUUGAGAAGACCUGGCACAAUUGAAUUGUUAAAAGCUCAAAAGUAAUUAUUCUCUUGCAAACGCACAAUAACUACAGAAUGGCAUAUGAUCACAUAGCUCAGCUUAAAAAUAUUCCACGACGGCCAUCCCUUUUUGAGAAGACCUGGCACAAUUGAAUUGUUAAAAGCUCAAAAGUAAUUAUUCUCUUGCAAACGCACAAUAACUAUAAUAACCGGUGGCAUCUCCUCCGUGGCCUACCGGAGGCACGACAGGUUCCACAUGAUCGUCUUCACACUAGCGCCGAAGAGGAAGCUGUCCACCACGAUCAAUGCGAUCGCGACCUUGACCGCGACGCACACAGGGCAAUUUGUUGAUGUACAGGGUGCUAAUCAUGUUAUCGACAAAGAUAUGCCCAUAAUUAGUGCCAAUUGUUACAAGUUCCACCAAUUGUUAAUGGCCAGUUUUCUUAUGGGGGGCCAAAUAAUUGCGCAUAAAUAGUUUACGUUGUUGGGAAAAUGUUAC